CAUACUUUCAAAUGCCAGUAUGCUCGAAAGAAAAACAAUGAGCUGUCAUAUGUUCUGAAAAUUAUCGUACUGUUUUUCGAUACAGAGAACAACUUUCGGUCACAUCGCUGUUGAUUUUUUCAAACAACUCGGGUUAUACAAAUGGCUGGUGUGUUCCGAGUGGGUGUGCGAUUUUUAAAUCGUCCAUCCCCAGUUAAACAGGUCCUCGAGAAUAAGCUGUGCUCACCAGCAGUGAUUUCAGCAUGUAACAUUUCCGGAAAAACUAUGCGUGGCUCGAAACUCAGUAAACCCAAACCGUUCCCUUACUUGGAAAAGAAAUACACUGCAUUCCAAGCAAUGAAGGACGUACUUUUGAAAACAACGACCAGUCGAUUUGAUGAAAAUACGAAGGUCGUAGUUGUCGAAGGCCCCAUUGCUGCUGGAAAAUCCGCAUUUGCUAAGGAGCUUGCUGUCGAACUGGAUAUGAAAUACUUCCCAGAGGCAACCAUGGAUGGCUUUUAUGUCAACUCUUAUGGAUACGAUCUGCGUCAACUGGAUCCGCAAAUGCCCGUCAAUAUGAGAAGCUUCGAUGCCAAUAAUUUCUUGCAAUAUCCCACCCAUCGUAACGUGGCUACGUUCCAAAUCCAGAUGCUUAUGCAGCGCUACUCGCAAUAUAUCGAUGCACUAGCCCAUCUCUUCUCGACCGGGGAAGGCGUUGUAUUGGAUCGCUGUGUGUAUUCGGAUUUUGUUUUUGUGGAGACAAUGUUUAAGAGUGGUUACAUCUCCAAAGGCGCCCGCUCAGUAUAUUACGAUCUUGUUAAGAACACUUUCUGUGAGUUAUUGAAGCCACAUCUCGUAAUUUAUUUGGACGUUCCGGUUAACGUAGUAAAAGAUCGGAUCAAGAAGAGAUCCGUUCCGGCAGAAGUGAAUUCAAAGGCGCUAACGGACAAAUAUCUAUUAGAUAUGGAGCACAUCUAUAAGCAACAAUAUCUGAAGGAUAUUAGUUCACAUGCCGAACUUUUGAUUUACGACUGGUCAGACUAUGGUGAAACUGAAGUCGUUGUCGAGGACAUUGAGCGAAUCGAUUUCGAACGCUUCGAUAAGGAUGACACUCAUAUGCGGGACUGGCGCUUGGACAGUGAAGAGGAGUGGACCGAAGUGAGAGAUCGCUACAUGAACAAAUCAGAUUUGAUGAAUUAUUUCAAUGUGCCUCGUUAUGAUGUCCCUGAGCUUCUCAUUUCACCUGAGGAUUUCAAGGAUUGGUAUGACGUUUGGUUCGAAGCUCCGGGAAUGAAAUAUCGUAAGGGUUAUAACGAGGAUUGUGGCGAUUCCGGCAUACUUACUAAAACCAAGCUGGAUUUCCGCAAUUCAUUGUAGGAAAAUUUGUAAAUCUACGCUUCAGAAGACAGCUUAAUAAAGAUCAAUAAUUGAAGAGAA